GUCGCAUAUAAUGAUUUGUUUGCUUUAAUCCAACUUUGGAAUUUUCCAAUUACGACCAAUUCUCUAUAAAUUUGCAGCCAAAAUCACGGCGGGAAUAUGAGGCGGUUACCACCGUGGAUGCUCGGUGGCGCGUCCACCGGUGAAGCAGCUGCACCCAAUGGUUCAGAAGCCGAAGCUCCCAAAACAAAGGCUGAAAAACGACCAAGAAGAGUCCAAAAACCCAAAGAGAAAGACUUAAGUCUCAAAUCAGAGGAACCUAAACGAGUUCGUAGGAAGAUCGGAGAAGAAGCUAAGCGUAGUAGCAAUGGCCCGGAGAUGAUUCAAUCAGUGACUGGUCCAGAAGAUGAUGAUCUCACAGUUGAUGACUUAUUAAGCUUUGCUCAUGAGUAUGUCCAAAGUGAUGAAGACGAAACAAGAAAGGAGCGUGAAAGAAGCUUGUCAGUGUCUGAAACUACGCUAGUUCUGGAUGAAUCCAAUACGACAACAUCAUCUCAAGGAGCAACCAAAGAUCCAACAGCCGAUGAAAUGUUAGAAUUGCUAAUGGGUCCUUUUUUCAAGAAACGUUAGAAUUGAAUCAGAAUUGAGUUUUAAGUGCU